AUGGCCAUUCAUGUGGACGGACUGCUGGCCAUUGUCAUCUUCUACGUGUUGAUCUUAAUGGUGGGAAUCUGGGCGGCGUGGAAGAACAAGAGCUCCGGGAUCUCGCAGGGAACUGACCUCAGCGAGUCCAUCAUGGUCGGCGGCCGAGACAUCGGUCUGUUCGUGGGUGGAUUCACCAUGACCGCCACGUGGGUUGGAGGAGGAUACAUCAACGGCACCGCGGAGUCAGUGUAUCUGCCCGGAUCUGGCCUGGCUUGGGCUCAGGCACCGUUCGGUUACGCACUCAGUUUAGUAGUCGGUGGGUUGUUCUUUGCGAAGCCCAUGCGCUCUCGAGGCUACGUGACGAUGCUCGACCCGUUCCAGCAGCUCUAUGGCAAGAGAAUGGGAGGCCUGCUCUUCAUACCUGCUUUACUGGGAGAGAUCUUCUGGUCAGCCGCCAUUUUGUCAGCCUUGGGAGCAACACUGAGCGUGAUUGUGGACAUCAACAUCAGCAUGUCAGUGGUGAUUUCUGCCUUGAUUGCCAUCUUCUACACGCUGGUCGGGGGACUGUACUCGGUGGCGUACACAGAUGUCGUCCAGCUCUUCUGCAUUUUCAUAGGUUUGUGGAUAAGCGUGCCGUUUGCCCUGUCCAAUCCCGCUGUGUCAGACAUCGGCGUCACCGCAGUAAACACAGUGUUCCAGUCGCCGUGGCUGGGAGAGAUCGAUCCAUCUGAUGGCUGGAUGUGGGCUGAUAACUUCUGUCUUCUUAUGCUGGGUGGGAUCCCGUGGCAGGUGUACUUCCAGCGGGUCCUCUCCGCCUCCUCGGCCAGCUACGCUCAGGUGCUGUCCUUCCUGGCUGCGUUCGGCUGUCUGGUCAUGGCCGUGCCAUCCGUCCUGAUCGGCGCUAUAGGAGCCUCCACAGACUGGAAUCAGACGUCGUACGGUCCGGUUCCUCCAGUGGAGAAGGACGAGUCGGACAUGAUCCUGCCCAUCGUCCUGCAGCAUCUCUGCCCUCCGUUCGUCUCUUUCUUCGGUUUGGGGGCGGUGUCGGCCGCUGUGAUGUCGUCCGCAGAUUCCUCCAUCCUCUCAGCCAGCUCCAUGUUCGCACGAAAUAUUUACCAACUUGCUUUUCGGCAGUCGGCGUCGGACCGCGAGAUCGUGUGGGUGAUGAGGAUCACCAUCUUUGUGUUUGGAGCGUUAGCGACCGCCAUGGCCCUCCUGACGGGGUCGGUUUACGGCCUGUGGUACCUGAGCUCAGACCUGGUGUACGUCAUCAUCUUCCCUCAGCUCCUCUGCGUGCUGUUCAUCAAGGGCACCAACACCUACGGCUCGGUGGCUGGCUACAUCUUCGGGCUGCUGCUGCGGGUCGGUGGGGGCGAGCCGUACCUCAGGCUUCCCCCGUUCAUCUACUACCCCGGCUGGCAGAUGCGCCAGAAGGAGCAGCGUCUCACGCGGGAGGUGGAGCGCUUCGUGGAGCAGAGGUUCCCCUAUAAGACGGUCUCCAUGCUGGCUUCACUUCUGAGCAAUGCUGCCUUCUCAUAUGCGGCCAAGUAUCUAUUUGAGAGCGGCAAGCUCUCGCCCAAGUAUGACUUCCUGGACGCAGUGGUUUCCAGACACAGCAAAGAAACGAUGGACAAGACCACGCUCGUCACCCACGACAAUAUCAUCCUGUCAGAGCUGGCUGCUGUUAAGCCGCGGCACGGAGGCUCUGUGGCAGGAACGUUCGUGAACGACGAGGGCGAGGUGAGCCCUGACUCCAGCACUGAGCACCAGUAG